UGUGAUUCAAAUAUCUCAAAGAGAGAUAAGAACAAGGUGGCAGACGGCGUCCAAGUUCAAUCUCAAAGUCAAAGACGAAGUCUCCGAUCAACGGCUUAUCUUCGUGAGCUUCGGGAGAUUCAAAUUUCAAACAAAUGUUUAUCCAGCCCUCUAGAAUCUUCACUGCCCCCUAUAUAAGAAACACAAGGCUGCAUAAGAAAGGGAGAGAGAAAAAUAGAGAGAAGAGUGAGUUAUAUUGGUGCAUCAGAGUGAGGCUGCAUUCGAUAGGAAGAAAUAGUGAGAAAUUCUGGUUACCUGGAGGCGAAAAAUCAUCAACAGGAGAGCUUCUUAUUCAGGUAUCCUGCUGGUCAUUUCUCCAUGGUCUUUAUUGAUACUUUUCCUUUAUCGUUGCUGAUGUGUUCAUGAGUGCAGAAAGUCCUUCCUCUGCUUAUUGCUAUGUAUGUGGCUCUAUAACCUUGCCAAACAGCACCAGAAACAAAUCCUCCAUACCCCCCCAAAGCGAAAUACACCAACAACAAAGCCACAAAACCUUAAACACACUAUUGCUGCCCGCCAAAAAUCAGGAAAAAGAAACAAACCAAAACAUUGUCGAAACACCUUCGUGUUCACAAAAAGUUGCAGGUUCAAAGAGUGGAAGAAGCACACUCAUGGAGGAGGGAUUUCGAUAACUUUCUGAUGGCAAAAGAAGAGAAGUAGAUGGCUCACCUGUGUAUUUUGCUGCACUUGCUUUCGAUGCCUAUAUUGCGGUGCGUCCUGCGUAUGGGUGGCGGAAGUAAGCGUAAGUGAAAGCCUUGGGUAAGCGUAAGUGAAAGCCUUGGGCUGCCGGUGCACGCCGAGGACAAAUCUGCGAAAUUCUUGGGUUCACAAUAGUAGGGAAGCUGAUCCAAGAUGAUCCCCGUGCAAAGUCUCAGCGCCAAGCCAUGUCUCCACCUGCAUCAAAGUCAUCAUCAAAAUGCUGCCCCUGAAAGUAAAGUGGCCUACCUCCAGCCACAAGUUUGCAGAAUGCUUGGUUUAGCUCACCUUCAACCACAAAUCAGCAGUGUGUUCUACUUGGCUCACCUGCGAUAGCAAAACUGCAGAAAACACAAAGUGGAGGAAUUAUGGGAAUUGUCUCAUGCUUACAACAAGCACAUAAAUGCAGAAGCAUGCAAGAGUUGCUAGAUCAAAUUCAAGUGAUCAAUACAGCAAAUUGUACAGGGGAAGCAGUCAUGACAGCCUUGGAACAUCAUGGUGCUACCUUCUUCUAGGCUUCCUCAGUACGCAUCGAGGAUUGAACUCAUGCAAUCAAUCCCGCAUCGAGGAUUGAACUCAUGCAAUCAAUCCUAAGACCAUCUGAAGGCCACCUAACGGACUGGAAUGAAGCUUGGAUGUUUCCUGCAAUAAGGCAAAGAGAUAUGUGAAUCUUUUCCAAGGAAAGUAAUAGUCGUACUCUUGUGGUCAGAUUCUCUUACCUCGAAGUCACAAGCACCAAAAUACUGGGAUGGCUAUGUUUUCUUCAAAAGAUGUGGUACCUGCAACAGUUUUGAUAAUUAAAGAGUCAAUACCAAGAUGACAAACAAACAUGUCUUGACGGUGGAAAAUUAAUCUAUGGUGCUGCUGUAACUUUGAUCGGGAAUUAAAGACAAAGAGCUUUGAGCUAUGUGUAUAUAUGUAUAUUCAAACUGUCAUUGUCAAAAUUUGCUGCAAAUUAUUUUGGCUUUGACCAUGAGUCAAACAACAAAGACCAAAAGGCUUUAGAGAAUCAUAAGUCUAAUUAUGCUUUGAUUCAUGUCUCUCUGUGACCUUGAAGCGGUGGGAUAAUGGUUUAAAAAUAUAAGAAGUGAUGAUCACAUCUUCCAUUAAAGCCUGGCGGUGGGAAACUUAUCAUCACACUUCAAGACAAAGUUUCAUAUGCAUAAUUAUAAGGCCAUGGUGCUACUAUAGCUCUGAACUAAAUACAAAAAGCUAUCAAGCCAUGCAACUAGUCAAACAUGCAGCAAUGCUUCUUUUGAAAUGCAAUUUAACAGAGGAGCAGUCGGUGGUGUUGUCAGCAAAUCAUAAAGAAUUAGAUUAAAAUUCCCUGGGAUGGCAGCUAGUUACCUCGAGGAGAAGCCACGUCCAGUUCAACUCGAGAUGCCUGCACAAAAAAAAAACAUCAGUUUGAUAUCGGGGUUCAUAUGUGAGCUGGUAGCUACAAGACAAAUGCAAUCACUAGUUACCCAGUAAAAAUCACAGCAGAGACAAAAGGGGGAAGAACAAGGAGCCCCAAAUUUGCAAUAUAGAGAGUUGAUAAAUUGAAGAGAUUUACAACUAGAAAAUUAUCUCUUUUAGUCAAAGAAGCCUUACCCAAUGCACGUUCUUGAUGGAGAACGCAGAAUCAAGUAAUGGGUACUCCUAUUUAUACAAAACCCGGAGUCCAGACUCCUUCUCCAAAGUGAAAUAUAGGAACCAAGCUCCAUCCUAAAUGUCAUCUUUAUCACAAGUUGAUGAUCGAUUCAAAACUUAUCAAGACGGCCAAGGGAGGAGAUGACGUCUAAUGUCUGGUUUCCGGAGUUUUAGAUGGGAGAAGACACCAAGUCACGAACUGUCUCAAGUUGAAUGCCAAUGAUCAUGGGUGUUCAGAUCAGUGCCCACGAUGUGGAGGCCUUUGGGUUCUGGUGGGUGCAGAAGUAAAUUAAUGGGUGUCCAGAUCCGUCUAUGCUCUACAGGUUUCUUUGGGCCACUUUUCUACAAGUUUCGCAGCACUACAAAGUGAGUCCAUUUCAGAAAUACGGGCCCAGCUGAAUCAUUCAUCGACGAGAAAAAUAAGUGAUACAAGAGCCCGCCACGAAGCUCGGCACAUCCGGGUGCCCAAUUCAAAUCAGGGGACGCUCUACUAAAAAUCGGGUGUUAACAUUCUCGACGAGUUCAAAAUACAUACCCGUUGAGUUAAAAAUCGAUACAAAACCGAAAAUCCCAAAUAUUGAACUACAGUGGUUUGAUCCCUUCACGGGGUAUGUAGGUAGUCUAGAUUUAAAUCUGGAUGCAACCGCGACCUUAACCAAAUCCCUGGUUUCCUUUAGACCAAAUUCACCAAAUCCUUGUGACCAUGAAAGUCACCCAAAUUUCCAUAUCCAAAUGACCUUAAAGUCACCCAAACACUUAACCACAAUUCUUUGGUGGGUCAUUUACCCAUCGAAGCAUCCAAACCUUUCCAAAAAUCUGAACUACGAGUGGCUUGAUCCCUUCUGGGGUACAUAGGCAGCCUGAUAAACACUCUGGGUGCAGCCGCAAAAUCAAACAAACACACUCCUCUCUAUGGAAUUUUUGUCUUCGUAUUUGGAAUCAAAGGGUCUUCCCUUGAAGCAAGGGAUUGUAAUUAAGAGAUAUUCUUUAUCUCGAAUGGGUCCGAACUUAACAUAAUAAAACUCUAUUUCCGUUAAUGAAAUAGAGUAAAUUGUGUUGAGUAUUUUUGUUUACUAUUUUGCUCAACAGCGGGUUUGUGUGAUGAUUUACAACCAUUGUGUGCUUGCUUCUGGUGGGGCGAUUCAGGAGAAAAGCAAAAAAAUUAUUGGCAUUCAUGGGAUAGAUUAUGUGUCCCUAAAAUGGAGGGUGGUAUGGGUUUUAAGAACCUCCACUGGUUCAAUCUUGCGAUGCUUGCAAAGCAAGGUUGGAGAAUUUUAAAAAAUCUAGAAUCACUUAUAGCUAGAUUAUACAAGGCUGUCUACUACCCUGAAGGUGAUUUUAGUACUGUAGAGCUGGGAGAUAGGCCUUCUUUUCCUUUUUGUAGUAUCUGCGAAGCUCGAAAUGUUCUACUAUGUGGCAUUAGAUGGCAAAUUGGUAAUGGGGAGUCUGUUGAUAUUUGGCGUGAUUGUUGGCUUCUUGAUUAUUUUCCUAGAUGUCCUUCUUCUCCUCCUCCGAGGGAUGCUCCAAAGUAUGUCGCGGAGUUGAUUGAUCAUUCUACAAGUAAGUGGGAUGUUGGCAUACUUAAUCAGUGGUUCACACCGGUGGAUAGGGAUUUGAUUUUGAGUAUUCCUCUUGGUCGUCGAGCUUCAAAUGACAGGAAUGCACAGCUGUGGGAAGGGAGUAGACAACACCCAAGUGAAGCUUCUAUGGUAGCUAUGUGUUGGUUUAAUGAAUUUGCUAAAGCAAAUACAGUUGACCAGUCUUCACGAGUGCAUCAAAGGGUAUGGGAGGCUCCAGAGAAUGGUUGGCUAAAGUGUAAUAGCGAUGGUUCUUUUCUUGCUGCUGCUAAUAGAGGCGGCGUGGGAGUUGUGAUUCGUGACCAUGCUGGUACGUUCAAGGCAGCUACCAUGAAGCAACUUGAUCAAGUGGUUUCCCCUUUCCAUGCUGAACUUCUAGCUUUAUAUGAAGGUGUGAAGUUGGCUCAAGCUUUGCAAUAUGAUAAGGUAGAAUCUGAAACAGAUUGCCUACUACUUGUGCAUGCCUUGAAACAAGAAGCUACAGAUUGUUCAAACUUGGGCUUCAUGCUUGAGGAAGUGAAAGAGUUAUUGAGAGGACAUGUGCAUUACAUGAUCAGCUUUGUUCCUAGAGAUGCUAACAUGAUGGCACAUCGAAUAGCUAGCCAUUCUUUGUGUAAUAGUGAUAGCCAAACAUGGCUCAUAAUUGCUCCCGAGUUUAUAAGGGAUGCCAUUUUAAACGAGUGUACUUGUUAA